UUCGAGGAAUGUUUGCGCGCGAUUUUCUGGAGCCUUUCGGAAAUUUCACAAUUUCAGGCAAAGAAUCUAGACACACAUACACAUCACAUAGAUACGAACGCACACUGGCACACUUGUUCCGCUUUGGCGGAAUCCAACAACCACAUAUCGACAUGGGAAUCAAAAAUGGACGGUGGUGGUGGUGUUCGUGGUGUUGCUGGUGGUAUCGAUGCCACUGAAAUGUCACUUAUAAUUACCUCUACGUAGAGAAAAACUCGCUGCGAUUCAAACGAAUCGACUCUCGAUUGGAGUGAAUAGAAUCGAAACGAGCCGUAGCGGUUGGGAUCGGAUCGUUUUUUGGAUGGAGGUCAGCGGCAGAACACUUCAAAUCGACGGACAACCGGCUCGCUACGAGCAAAAAAGGCAACUGAAUGCGAAGCGAGCGCUGCGAACAAACUUAUUUGUUUUCCCUUUCCGUGCUCAAAACAAAAAUGAGAUAAUAGCGCCACCGCAGAGAGCGUUUGACUUGGCUCUUUUUGUGUCGGCGGCCGCCCGAUCAAUUAAAACCCCAUGCCAUCAAGGCCCGACUCUCCUAUAAUGCCGAUGAUUUUGGUCAGAAUAAAAACCCAGCUGAAAGAUACUGAGAGAUAACGCGACUCUCUUCCGCGGCUUUAAGUGCCAAAUGAGGCAUAUUUUCCUACUCUGGUGAAAUUAUUGUGAACCCAUCUGGAUACACGACGACACUCUUAAACGUUUGGUUGCCGCAAGAGCAACAGAAGUUGGCCCAAAUGAUAACGAUAUCAACAGUAGUCAUACACAUUUGAGAGGAUUUAAUGGGUGUUUGGCUGCGAAUGCCUCCCGAUUUUGGUAUAAGCAUGACCAUACCUAUUUGGUUUGUACGUGGUUCUUGGCUUGAUUAUCAGUUUAUUGUGUUUUGGAGCCAUAAAUACAUUUGUAUAUGCAUACUUAUGUUAAUGCAGUGCUCAGUAGUUUCUAACCAGCCGACAGGAUUUGCUAUGAGUAUCGAAAUUAUAUACAAAUACUGAUUGAAUAGCGAAUCUAAUCAAUCUAAGCAAAUGUUUAAAUUAAACUAUGAGAUAGUGGCAGUGAUUACUGUAUAGAUUGACAAAAACAUCAAGCUUAGUCAGCAUUUUGAAAACGACUGAAAAGGCCGUCAUCAAGUUUUCAUGCAACUGAAAUUAACUUUUUUUUCAAUUUGUUAAACCAAUUAAUUUUUUUAGAUAAUAGAAAGCCAUAAUGGUGGGAAGAAUGGCAAAAUAAAGCAAAUCUAUUUUACAUUUCUAAUAAAGUUUGUGUACAUACUUUUAGUGAGCCCUGCAUAAUAUGUCUAUACUGUCAUGAGUAGAUUAGAUUGGAAUUGGUGUGCGAAACGUGACCAUAGCUCUAACCCCAAACGUGUCUGCUUUUCUAAAUUUCAAAUUUCAUGUGUGGUACCAUGAAAUUAGGAAACAGCGACCUGGACAAUCGGCGCCAAUUUCUCCGCGACCUCGGCGCCAGUCGGGUGUUGGCCAACGCCCUGGCGCAGCGCACCUUCAGCGUGCCCAAGUUCAACCUGCGCCAGUUCCAGCGCCAGAGGUUCCGCCUCAGCGUCGAGCUGGGCGACAGUCACCAGGAUGUGGUGGACAAGGAGGUGCUUCGGGCCAUCCAGGAUGCGGUGGAGGGCCACGACGAUGUCGAGUCGCGUCCACGCACUCCAUCGCCGCCGCGGAACAUUGAUUGGCACUGUGCCAGGCGGGACAAUUCGCCGGCGAGGAACGACCGAUCGCGUCCUAGGAAUCGGCAAAGGGAGGAUAACUUCGUAGACCGGAGGGACAACAAUCGCGGACUUGUGGAACAGCAGAACCCAGGACGGGAGCCGAUCAAUCGAAAUCGGAAUUUUAAUCGCAAUAAUCCUGGCGUGAAUCCUGCAGUCGAAUUCAGUCGUAACAACCGCGGUGCAAUCCAGCAGGAACCCAAUCGCAAUGCAAAUGCGAAGGGCGUUAAUCGAAAUAAUCGGAAUAUGGACAGAAGUGAAUUUAAUCGAAAUAAUCGCAAUGCAAGUGACCAAGAACCCAACCGGGAUAAUCGAGAUGCAAGUUUCAACCGAAAUGAGAGUUCACGUCCUAAUCCACAGGAAUUCCGUGGUCCUAAUAGAAAUGCGAAUCCCCAGGAACUCCGUGGUCCUAAUAGAAACGCGAAUCCCCAGGAAUUCCGUGGUCCUAAUAGAAAUGCGAAUACCCAGGAAUUCAAUCAGCCUAAUAGAAAUGCAAAUGCACAGAACUUCAAUCGCUCUAUUAAAAAUCAAAAUCCGCAGGAUUUCAAUCGCCCUAUUAGAAAUCAAAACCCCCAGGAGUUCAAUCGCAAUAAUCGUAAUGCCAAUCCAAAGGAUUUCAAUCGUAAUAUCCGUAAUGCUGAUGAGCAGGGAUUUAAUCACAAUCGUAACGCAAGCAAUGAUGAAUUCAAUCGCAAUAAUCGUAACCGAAACAAUGAUGAAUUCAAUCGAAAUAAUCGUAAUGUUAACAACAAUGCAUUCCCACAAGGACCUAACCGUAACAAUCGUAAUGCGAAUGCACAAUUCAAUCGCAAUACUUUAGCAGACGAACCCCACUUCAAUAACCAACAUUUUCAAGGACCAAAUCACCACACCAACAUUCGUGGUCAGGUGCCGAACAGAGGUCAUCCCCCAAACUAUGAUAAUUCCCAAGUAAACAAAAAUCGCAGGCCUGGUAAUCCGAACUUCGUUCCCAUCCAACAAACCAACUUGGAUCGAAACGCGAUAAUCGAUGACGACAUUCAGCUGCCCAGAGAUCGAUUCCGUUCCCCUGAAGCCCGCCCAAAACAACAUGCACCAUAUAUUGAUCAGGAUCCAAAUAAUAUGGACGCCAGCAUUGGCGGAAACCGUAGACCCCAAACGGGUCGCAAUUAUCAGCGUAUAGUGAAUGACAAUCAAAUAAUACUACGUCGCACCGACUGGAUUAACUCAAACGAAGAGAAUCCAGAUCACUACGGUCGAGACGACUAUGUACCCGAUGAACGCGACCUGCUGGAAGAUGCACACUUCACCGAUGACUCAGAUGGUGCACCUAUGGAUGAUGAUCAUGUUCGUGGACAGCAGUACGAAUCUUUUGGUAGCCCAGAGGAGCGCGAGUUCAAUCGCCACUCCAGGGGUAACCAAGCCAACCCCCGAGAUCGUAACAUCGAUGAUCGUAAUUCAUAUGGACGCAAUCGCAACGAUCGUAACUUGGAGGGCACUAGGCGCCAGUUCGAUCGAGAAUUCGAUCGCCGCAACUUAAACGACGACUUCAAUCAGCGAAACAACUCUUCGCGUGGCGGUGACACCCAGCGUUUUCCCCGAAGGGAGGAUGACACAUUCCUAGGCUCAAAUAGCCCUGAUUUUCCACCGAACUAUCAACAAACUAUUCGCCGUGGAUCGGGUUCCAACAGACCCAUGGAUCCCAAUCAAACCAGACGAAACGUACCAAAUGCCGAUGAAACUGCACCAAGAGUGGGCCAUUCUGGAGGUCCCCCACCGAACAGAACUAACUUAAAUAAUAAAAUGACCAAAAAUAUAAAUCCUGGUAGGAAGCCACAAAUCAGUUCUGGCGCUCCUAAUCAACCCAGGUCAAGUUCAAUCACAUCUCAAAAUCGAUUGGCAAGUCAAGAUCGCAGUGCGACCUCACGGAAUGUGAAGUCCGCUGCUCCCAGCCAAGGACGUGCAAGUCCAAACCAAAAUAUCAAGAAGUCAGCAGUCGCACCCAACACUCGUGCACCGCAUCCAAACAAACCUAUGAACACCAAUCCUGGUGCAUCCAAGCCUGGUCAGCCGGUAAUCAAACCUAAACCACUGGCAACUAAGAACAACGCGGCCAUGGCGAAACCACGCGCUGGGCAAAAGAGAAAAGCCGAGGCCACACAUUUAGGGGCCUCGAACCGGGCUAACAAAGCCGAGCCAAAACGCCAGAGAGCGGAAACAGAUCGCAGCUUCAUUAUAGCCGGAAUUAGCCUGCCCUACAUCAACAGCAAUAGCAAGGAGCUGCCACAACCGGAGGCGGAGUCGUACGCGGUGACCUUCUUCGAGCAAACGCCCAUCUACAACACAAACAUAUAUGCCGAGGACGAUGGCCAUGUUGAUGAAGACUCGGAUGGGGAUGAGGAGGACAUGUCCGAUGCUGAAUCUCUGGACUCGAACCGGUCUGGUGUUCAGUCAAAAGUUAAAGGACGCAGUUCCAAGAAGAAGUUGCGCGCCCAGCUGCGCAAGGAAUGGACCAAAAUCUAUAGAACCAAUAACUACAAGGACUGGCACGCCUGGUGGAGCGAUUACAAGUGGUGCGGCAGCGAGAUCAACAAAAAGCUGGACAAGUACGGCGACCGCAGUCUGCGCCACCGCUUCGCUCCCAUCGGCCGGAAAGGCUUGACCGAACAGACGAUCAAUCAGAUCUUCAAAGCGGGCCACAUGGGUCUGGAGAAGAACACCUUCAGCCAUUACCGCAACAUGCGUUCGAUUUUCCUGCUGAUGAACGAAACGUUCCUGCAGAGUUUGUCUGAUGAACAAUUGGAAAAGUUGCAGGACCUGAUUCGUGGCAUUCCAAAUCACUUGUGGCUCUACAAGAUCCGCAGCAUGGUCUACCUUUGGGAAAGGUACCAUGGCACUCUUAAAACCCAAAACCCCAAAAAUAUCACUAGUACUAAGGAAAUCCAAUCCAUUGCGCGAGCAUGGAAAAAUCCUGUCUUUCACUGGUUGGCCAAGCAGGCCUUCGAUGAGCUUAAGGCAAUCAGCGAGAUCGCGUGGCCGGAUCAUAAAAAAAUCUAUCCCGGCUUGAAAUCUUAAUUAAAUGCAAAACGAAUUGCCCAAAUGAUUGUAGCUUGAUGUGUAUUAGAUUGUAUACGGAAUAAAAGCCAAAUAAAACAAGGGUUUUGCUUCUGCAAUGGCCAA